AUGCCUGACACCGUCAUUAACAUGCAACAACUAGAUAUCAACAAUGCUCAAACGAAUCCAAAUAGAUAUAGGCGAGAAAGGAUGACUUUUCGCAUUUAUCUUCGUACUUUCUGGAUGGAUUAUCUUUUACUAGCUAUAUUGGGAGCACUUGCUCUAGGUAUCAAUAUGCUUGGACCUGCAUCGAAUCGUGUUUUUCCUGUUUAUUUCCGUGAUGGUGAAAUAGUUAAUCCCGAAUUUAGUUAUCCAUUUAGGAAAAAUAUUAUUCCAUCAUGGUUAGCUGGCCUCUUAGCAUUUAUUGUUCCGUUUAUAUUUAUUAUGUUAAUGCAAAUACGUCUAAGAAGUUUGAAAGAUGUUAAUACAGCAACAAUGGGUCUAAUUUUUUCAUUAGUAUCUACUACUGUUUUUCAAGUAUUUAUCAAAUGGCUUAUUGGUGGUUUCAGACCAUACUUUUUUUCUGUUUGUAACCAUUUUUCUUCUAAUUAUUAUAAAGAUCUACGUAAAGUUGGUAAUGUUUGUAUCGCAUCAAAAGGUGCUCCAUAG